AUGGCACUUGGAGCUGCAGCACAAGCUUCCAAGGAUAGAUUCUCACCCUAUUUCAUGGAGGUGUUACAGGUUUUUGAUACCAUUAUAUCUGCUACAUCAUUCUCAGCGGAUGAUAGAGAUCAUGAAGUAUCGAAUAUUGGCAAAUUCAUUAGAUAUGUACCCCAUCCAAAAUGCGCAUUGGCCAAUCAACUCCUCACCAACAUUAUUCCAAAAUGGUUAGAUAAUCAUUUUGUAGAUGACAAUAAUGAGAAAAUAGUUAUCAUUGAUAAUCUUUGCGUCAUUAUUCGUCUCUAUACAAAUCUAAUCUUGGGUGAACAAUACCAACAUGUUGACAAGGUACUGCAAAUCAUCACUCGUUAUUUGGAUACCUCCAAAAAACAACUACAAGAAGAACAAAGACAAUUACUCUUACAAACAUGGUUAUUUAUCAAAGAUAUAUCUGAAGAGAAUUGGGAUAAGAUUCCGGAAGAUGCAAAGGGUACUCUAUCAAUAUUAAAACAGUUCUAUAGAAGUAUUAUGAUGGAGCAACCACACGAUGAAUUUAUAGAGAUAAUUGUAUCUUUAACAAAAGAAGAAGAAGAAGAAGAAGAAGAUCAGCUGCAGAAUAAAGAGACAAACAAUAGUAUUCGAUUAAAAUCAACAUCAAAACAACAAUACAAAGAGUAUAUUGUAUCUAAACCUGAACAAGAGGUAUCAUGGUUACUCUUUUUAAUCGUGCACGGUACUUACCCAACUGAUCAAGGUCAAAGUGAAGAUGAAGAUGAAGAUUAUGAAGAUGAAGAAGAAUUUGAUCAAGAAGAAGAAGAUUCAGAAUAUGGUCCAAUAUUGGUCACUCAAAUGUUAGAUAUGCUUUCAAUAUCAGAUUCGAGUAAUGAUAGAGAUCGACGAGAUUGA